AUGGACAGGGAGGCUUCCCAAACCGAAUUGCGCGGAAAGGUUCCAGUCUUGGACAUUGACCAUACGACCUUUUGGCUACUGCAGCCCUUCUUCGAUUGGGCGGGACUCCGAGGCCGUUAUCUCAUGUCAAACAUUGGCUCGAUCCGUACCGAGAUGGUUCCAGACUCAGUGACGCCGCCAUACAUACACCCAAAGCGGGCAAAGGGAUUGCUACGGCUCGCUGUUCAUUACAGAAGUCCCCGGACACGCACUGUAGAUGGGAGAAACUCCUUAGCCCGAGCCCUAGGCAAGACCAGGAUACACAUCCUAAAGGAUGAUGGCUUGCGUAGCAUUCUCAAGAUGAAGGACUUUGAGGGCUCUCAGGUUAUAUUACCGUUUUCAGAAAUCCACACACGCAAACACGAUGGCGGUCUAGAGAUCUACCUGGAGAAAGGUUCAGCUGAGGCUGCAAUGGCAGUUCAGCUUCCGUUGGUUUUGGUGAGAUUUCUCAUGGAGGACCCAAAUGACAAUUCUAAAAGCAUAAAGCUCGUGGAUGGAAUGCUUCCCGGCUUUAUAGGGACGGUCUUUAGGGCUAGCAACCGUAAUUCGCGGUCCAUCAAGACAAUUCUUGACAAGGAGGGCAUAGUUGAUGUGGAUAAGUUGGAGAACUCGCCCUACAUACCCGAGAAUGGCUAG